AUGUUUGGGUACCAACCUACUCUUUACAUGCCCAAGCCCGGCUCAAAAGACAUAUACAAGCGCCUCGCCGCUCAAUGCUCUAACCUUCACAUCCCCACAUCUCCCGAACUCCCCGAAGCGACAAACUUCAAAUCGUCUUACGAUGUAGUGCUCGAUGCCAUUUUUGGAUUCUCGUUCAAACCUCCCGCACGUGCUCCUUUCGACACCGCGCUUCGUCUGAUUGGGCAAAGCGGUCUUCCGGUCGUGAGCGUAGAUAUUCCGAGCGGCUGGGAUGUGGAUGAUGGACCUCAAGAAGUCAAGACUGAAGGCGACCAGGCAGGAGCGCUGGAAGCGCUGCGGCCUGAUGUGCUCGUUAGCCUUACAGCACCCAAGCAAGGCGCGCGGUCUUUCCAAGGACGCCACUUUUUAGGCGGCCGGUUUGUUACACCUGAUUUGGACAAGAAAUUCGAGCUUAAUUUACCGAAAUAUGAAGGCACUGAGCAAGUAGUCGAGAUCACAGAUAGCACAGAGUCUAAAUUGUAG